UUCAGUGUUGGCCUGGCUGUCGGUGAGAGUGGGUGUGUGUGUGUGUGUGUCUGUGCUCCCUCCUUUACUUCCCUUAUCGUUUAUGGGUGAUAAUCUGUGACUGUGUGAUAAACAAGGUGUAUGUAUGAAUAGGGUGAGAAUGUCAAGAGUGAAUUUUACUGCGUCGUAGUGUUUCUGAACUCUAAAUAUCAACAACAAGAAAACAAUCUCAUUCUGAACAAGACAUUUAAAGGUUGACUGCUGAAGGGGCGUUUGGAAUACCCAGUGUAUUUAGGACAGUGACGUUCUUCUAUAGUGAUUUAUGAACUGAAAUUGAAAAAAAAAAGGAAAUUGAUAAUAAAGCAAGUGAAUUAAGAAAGAGAAGUGGACAGAGAGGGAGAGAAAAGAGAGAGUGGGAGGUUAGAGAGAGUGACUUGAAUCCUGGUGAAAGGGAAGACAUCAAGGCUUCAGUAGGAUGGAGAACCCAGCCUUCGUCGGCGAUACUGAAAACCAACUGAAGGAGAGGGGGAAAGGACAUGAGGGGAUCAGCAGCAGCCAGAGUGUGCGGGGCAGGGGGUCGAGCCUCCCGAGGUCAGAGAGCCAAGCUGAAGGCAAGUGUACAAGUGUGGAGGGGGGCGGACCAACUACGAAUGACGCUAUUAACCUCGAGAGGCGGGUGGGGCUCCUCAGUGGGGUUGCUCUGAUUGUCGGGACCAUGAUUGGUUCAGGAAUUUUCGUGAGCCCAAAAGGAUUACUCGAGAGGACUGGAAGCGUAGCACUGAGUCUCAUAGUCUGGGCUAGCUGUGGCAUCCUAUCGCUCCUCGGGGCGCUAGCCUACGCUGAGCUUGGAACGCUCGUCGAUGCCUCGGGGGGAGAGUACUCCUAUUUCCUUGAAGGUUUCGCCCCGGGCAAGACUAGACGGACGUGGUGGGGCCCCAUACCCGCGUUCUUGUACGCUUGGGUGUCAAUGUUCUUGCUGAAGCCCUCUAGCCUUGCCAUCAUCUGCCUCACCUGUGCCGAGUACUUCGUCAGGAUCUUCAACACAGGCAGCAGCGACUGUGCCCCGCCAGACCUGGCAGUCAAACUCUUCGCCGUCUUUGUCAUAAUCUUAAUCACCUUCAUCAACUCGUACUCGGUGAAUCUGGCCACAAAGGUACAGAACAUCUUCACGGCGGCUAAACUGUUGGCCAUCCUGAUCAUCGUGAUUGGCGGAGUGGUGAAGCUGGCACAGGGAAACACCCAGUACCUAGCUACAGGGUUCAAAGGCUCCACCUCCAGCCUGGGUGACAUAGCGACAGCCUUUUACAGUGGACUCUGGGCCUAUGAUGGCUGGAACAACCUCAACUAUGUGACAGAGGAGCUGAAGAAACCCUACACGAACCUUCCCCGGGCCAUCAUCAUUGGACUUCCCCUGGUCACUGUAUGCUACCUGCUGGUCAACGUCUCCUACCUGGCUGUUAUGAGUCAGGAGGAGCUCCUCGCCUCGGAGACUGUGGCAGUGUUAUUUGGGAAUCAACUAAUGGGGAGAGCAGGUGAAGGCAUCAUGAUCUUCGCUGUUGUUAUGUCGACAUUUGGGGCAGCUAAUGGCUCCAGUUUUACAGCCGGGAGGUUGUGCUUUGUGGCUGCACGAGAGGGUCAUAUGGUAGAUGUCCUCUCCUAUGUCCAUGCCAAAAAACUUACUCCCUCCCCGGCACUCCUCUUCAAUGCGUCCAUCGCGCUAUUAAUGGUUAUCCCCUCGGAUAUCGGCUCCCUCAUUGACUUCUUCAGCUUCACUGCUUGGAUCUUCUAUGGAGGUGCUAUGGCAGCCCUCAUCAUUAUGCGCUAUACCAUGAAAGAUGCUCCACGCCCUUAUAAGGUCCCCAUCUUCAUCCCCAUUUUGGUACUGAUCAUCUCCGUGUACCUGGUGGUUGGCCCCAUCAUCGAUUCUCCUCAGAUCGAAUACCUUUAUGCAUCCCUCUUCAUCGUCGCUGGCCUGUUCUUCUACUUCCCCUUCGUCUACAUGAAGAAGAGUAUCCCCGGCAUGGGUCACUUGACGACAUUCUUCCAGUUGCUCCUCCAAGUUGUACCCACCAACACCAUGCCCGAUGCUUAAAGGUCAAGCUUCAUUGGUCACCUUAUCAUUCCAUAAGUCAAUCAUUACCAGCAGCUGCAACAGUGUUUACCCCCAGCUGGGAAACAUUAGCAGCAGAGUCUUAAAAUGUCUGCAGUGAUGACAGUGCUAUAAUGACUAUAGUUUCUUACUUACUGUUAGACAAGAUAAGAGAAGAAUAUAUCUCAUUGCUGCAAGUAGUCCCUUUAUCCCUUUUACAGUCUUAUGACUUUUUUGUGAUUGAUGUUGUUUUAGGAAAUAAUUUUACAUUUUUAAAGAGAUAAUUGUUUUGUUAGGUCAAUGUUUGUUCAAAUUUUCAAUACCUAUUUAAAGAAAAGAGAAAGUGAGACAGAUUUCGUAAGUUGUGUUUCUGGAUAUUGUAAGAAAAAAUAUAUAACAUCUUUAUUAUUCAAUUAAACAGAAACUAUUGUUUUUUCUCAAAGAUAUGUAAACCUUCGUAAUUAUUCAGACAUUGGUGUAAGGAGAGAGAAAUUUACUGCACAGUUUAGUAAAAAGAUUUUGGAAGAUAUAUUUGUUAUGGUGAAAACUGAAUAACAAUUAUUUUUGUUUUUACUAUAGGUUAAGAGUCGGUGAUAUACGUAUAUAUAUAUAUACUUUGAACCUUACCUUAGAAACCAAACAUUAGGAGCCUCUUACUUUUACCAACUCUUCGCAACAUUCGAAAGUAUUAUUUUGAAAUUUUGCCCCUGACAGAUCGACAUGUGAUUUCCUGAUUGACCCUGAAGCGCUCUUUAUAAUGACUAGUGAGACUGAGACUGAUUAUUUUGGAGGUGGAUAUGUGACAAAAUCAGUGUCCAAUAGUUGAUACUUUAAUGAGGUUGCUUUUACUUGUGAUAUUCAGUAAGUAGGUUGGUUUCCUUCCCCCGACCACAUUACUGCUGGCUGUUGUGGUCGCUAGGUAAACAAGGCAACACUCAUGUACAAAACUCAUUUAAGUUUGUUUUUUAUUACUGAUUUGGUCAUAUAUGGUAAUGUUUUAAUGAUUUAUGGUGUUUUUUUACAUGAUUAUUAAUGGACUGUGUUGUGGACUCUUAUCAACACCCCAAAUUUAUGCGAGAUGUUAAUGUAGUUUUACAGUACUUACCGAGAUCAUCCAGAAUAGCCAGUUUCACGUAUUGCCGUGUUGGGCACAUUAGCGAAAUUGCUGCACUUAACUUUGAUGCAAUAAAUCCUUUGACUAGAAUCAUCCUUAACAACUUCCAAUAUUUUUAACAAGAUGGAUUACCGAACUUUCUUACGUUGAUCUUUGUCAGUGAAUGGACCAACUUGAAAUAAAAUGAGAAUCACGAAACACAAUUUGUCAUGCCACCGCCGCUGCUGCUUAUUUUCAAAUUUUCAUACGCUCAGUACCCAAUUUUGAGUACAUUUAUGUUAAUGGAAUUUUGGGAUGACUCUGAACAUAUAAAGACAACUCAGUAAGGUAGUAUUUCUAGAAUAAGUUAAGUGUACUUUUCGAAGAUGUUAUUUUUUCCUGCUAGAUGAAGAAGCUCAGGGACCAAAAUGUCGAUCUGCAGUUGCCAUAAAUAAAAGGUGUAAGUCUGUAACAGAUGUGUGUUUUUUUCACUUGUCUUUGUGUCGUUUAAGUCCUUGUUUGUAUUAUAUUAUUAAAACAGCUGAAAGCCAGAAUAUAAUGUGUACGUCAUGUGAAAAAAUUAUUCAAGUUUGAUUGGAAACAUGCAAAAGUGCAGCCACGAAUCUUGGUAAACGUUGAAUGCUCUGAGUACUGAUUUGAAUGUUCUUUAGUGUGUGUGUGUAUAUGUUCGAAUGUCUUGUUCACACAAACACACACCACCAUCUAGUUAGCUGGUACGUGAUUAGCUAUAAUAUGGGUGAGGAAGACAGAACGGCAUCAGAGUUCAUCUACAUCAGUUGGUUUUUCCGUAAACAUUUUAACCUUUGAUGUUUAUGUUAAAUUAAUGAGAUGCUGAUGAUCUUUGACACUGGGGUAUUCCUCUAUAUACAUGUAUGAUUUCAAGAUGGGAAUUGGCAUGCGAGAUGGAGAUAAAAGUGUUUCUCAUUCUUCAUGUGGUUUUACUAAAGAAAUUCUCAGUGUUCUAUAAUUUGUCUGAUUGGUUUUAUUGGCUGUACUGUAUUUAAUCACAGUACAAUACCUUUGAUUUUCCUUGCUAAUUAUAUAAACCAUUAAGCGGUGAUUAGAGCUUUAAUAAAUAUAAACCAUUAUCAUAAAGAACGAUGAAUUUUAUAUAUUGAUUUUAAGUUGAAUUGUGUCACCAUUGUAGUCAUAGGGGAGAAAACACAGAAUUCUUCGACAGUUAUGAUGCGUUGUUUGUCAAUGUUGAUACCAGCCCACUAAGUGUACAAGUGAUGUAGGAUGACCACACUCCAAUCAUUAUACACUGCAACUCUAAUUCUUGAUCAUCUUUGCUAACUUAUAUCCACUGAUUAUGAAAAUUUUAAGACUAAAUUAUCCACAGUGUGUUACUACAGCAUAAAUUUAAUUAAUAUACUAAAACUUUAUGUGUGACAAGUAAUUUCUUAAAAGCUGAAGACUUUGUAUGUGGUAAUGAAGACUCAACUUUCUGAACAAUUCUCACCCACUAGACAAAAAGUUGUUCUGGUAAUUAGUACAGUGGAUAUUUUAUACCCAUUACUCACUCCAAAAGUUAUCCUUACCAUUAUGUGUGAGACAAUAUGACACCAUGGAUGAAGGAUUUUGACAACCCUACCAAGACAACAGGAGUCACAGUGUUCAAUUUUGACUCUGUGUACGUUGAUGUCAUUAGAAUUGGAUUAGGCUUUGUAAGGAGACCUAGAUUAUGGUUCAUUUAAUCUUAUAAUAUUUAAAGAGGUCACAUGAAAUACUGUUCCAUACAUUAGUGUUAUAUAAAGAUCAGUUAGUUUAUUAAGACACAUAACAUUACUGACUGCUUCUUGUUUCUUUGUCAUAUUAAAGAGGAUAUUAUAUGCUGAACUAAUAUGCAGUGUAUUGUGUAAACUUUGUGUAAAUGAAUGUUUAUGAAAGUGUUAAGAAAGAUUGUAUUUUCAAGGCAAUUUAUGGUUUUCUUGGUAUGUAUACAUGCAGGGUAAUACUGUACUGUAAUGUAUAUAGCUGAGGUGAAUAAUCAAUAUACAUUGUGAGUUAUUGGCAAAUGGAGAAUAUGCUUCCAAGUAUUAUCUCAAUGCUUGUCUUUAGUUCAGUAUGGCUUCUGAAAGACAAUACUGUAUAAUUUUUUAAGUAGUAAUAUUUUGUCUGCCAUUGUGGGUUUCUUCUCUUUCAUUGAUACUAAUUCACUAGAGGGAGUAGAUCUAGAGAGAGUAUUGCCCUGAUGUGGUACGGGCUGAGGUCUUGAAGCUCAACUGGUAGCAUCUGAUGAGCUACAACAUAUGAUUGGCUAAUUUGAAUGUACUGCAACAUAUGAUUGGUUAAUUGGAAUAUACUGCAGCAUAUGAUUGGUAAAUUGGAAUAUAUUGCAACAUACGAUUGGCUAAUUGGAAUGUACUGCAACAUAUGAUUGGCCAAUUGGAUAGCUUGAGAGAUGUAAUUAUAUUUUACAACAAAAAUGAUGGAUAUGAAGGAGAAAUUUAACAUAAAUAAAAGAGAAAAGAGGGUGAAGGCAGAUGCUCCCCAGCUCCCUCUGGAUCCUCCCUUCAAGAGUAAUUAGAUCAUGACUAGACCUUGUGUAAUUUGUGUUAAUAUUCCUUGAAAGGUUGAGAUCUCACUUUAAGUGGAUAUUUAACUUUAUGCAACUACAACAGUUUUAUAGAAAGGAAAUCUUACGUUGGUUCAGUGUAUUAUUACUGUUUAUGCAACUUAGGAAUGGUGCAAAAAUCUUAUCUCCUUUGAUAUUUUGUUUGUAUAAGGAUCACAGUGCCAGUAUUAUGAACUUGGAAAUUAUGUAUCAUUAGUGUGGAGAAAACUUGGAGUCUAAACUAUUGAUGUGUGAUGUAAUUAAAUCAUUAAAUUUUUCUUGAGGGUAAAGAGCUCCGAGGAGAAACAGUUCCUGGAGAAGAGUGUGUCCCUGACGUUGAGUGUGGGAUUCAUGGUGUUAUUUUUUUGUCAGUCAGUAUAACGGAGGUGCUCUAUAAUUUGUUACUGUUAUCUCUAGACUCUUGUAAGUGGAUCCCAAUUCAUGAUUCUCAGUGAUGGAUCCCAAGGUUAGUGAGUGGCUGUCAGUGUAGGUUCCUCAGUCUGUUAAUUCUCUCCUAGGAAGCUUUGUUUAUUUUGUGAAUGUAACCAGAUAAUACAGUUCCUUGGGUAGAGAAACCGUAUAACAUAAUUGAGAUGAUUAGAAUAUGAUUGACAUUUAUGCAUGAUUUUGUUUUCUUUUUAAUAUUUAGCCAUUGUACAGAAAUUCAUAUUAAAAAACUAUUUGAUUUGAUUAUGUUUUAUAGCUCUGUAUUUAACAUCAUGAUGGUAUAUAACAUUGGUGCUCUCUUUUGGAACCAUAAAUUGGGGAAUAAACCUUCAUAUCUGUGAUAAAGGUCAGGUCUUAUGCACAUCCUGAGCAAGCAACUGUGUUUUGGUUGACCCCUUCACUAUCGGGACGCCACUUUUGAUAUUUUAUUUGGGUAACGUCAGACAAUAUUUUUCAGCUCAAAGGUAACUCCAUACACAAGUGGUUAACCAGAGUUGUGACUGAAGGUAAACAUAACAGUAAUGCUGAUUGUUAACACUGAAGUACAAUUGACAUUAUGCACUAAAUAAUUGGUGGAUUUGUUCAAUAUUUUAUUUGCUCUUGGGUGGCGUGUACAGACCUGUGCUGCCACUCUUGAGAUUUUUAGGGCAGUUCCGUCCUCUUGAAGUUCAUAUACAGUCUUUAUUUCUCACAUUUUGUAAACAGGAACUUGUUACAUUGCAAUCACAGUUUGUCCUCCAGUUUAUUCUGUAUGAGCAGUAAGGUGCAUGAAGUAUUUUUAUGUAAUUAUCCCUAUUUAAAUAAAAGAGCAUUUUCUUAUAUUUGUGUUGCAUGCAGACCUGCAAUAUGAACAUUAAAGAGUCUUUUGUUUUACUUGUUAUGUACACAACUGUUGAUGCUCAUUCAAUCAUACAUAAUUCCAGUUUAAAAGUGAUUCUGGGUUUGUUUAUUAAGCUUGGAAAAAGAGAUGGUAAUGAUAUUUAAUUUUUAGAUAAUUUAUGAAUGAUUGACUUCACCUACAGCAGAUUAUUGAGGAUGUGGAUAUUGAUACAAAAGAUGUAACUUGUCUGAGGUUCACCAGAUACAGUCACUAUGGAAAGGCUUUAACUUACCUCUUUUGUUCCUCCUACAGUACUGUACAACCCAUGCUGAACAGGUCUCAGUGGGUGUAGACUGUGCCAAAUUUUAGUUAUAGGAAUUUAUCAUAAUAUUUUCCUUCUCUUCUGCAUACUGUACAAUACUACACAAUACAGGGUACAGUACUAUACAUGUACAACUUAUUACAAUACAAUACCAUACCAUAGAAAACACAACUGGAGUAGUUAGCAUAUGUACUGGACUUUCAUUUAUUUUAAUUCACUUCCCGGCAAAAUAUAACUAAAAAAUAAUAAUAAUAUACUGUAUAUACAGGCAUCCCCCGUGUUAUGGAACCCCCGGGUUGCGGAAUUUUGCUCUUACGGAAUUUGUAAAUUAUGACCAAUAAUUUGGCGAUACGGCCCGUAAAUCUGCCUUUACGGAAAUUGGGGUAAAUUU